AUGACAACACACACUGUCGAUAAACCUUAUAAAUGUGAGGAUUGUGGUAGAGGAUUUAGUCAAAGUCAAAAUUUAAAGAGACACAUAAGAACACACGCUGGUGAUAAACCACAUAAAUACAUUAGAAAACACACUGCUCAUAAAGUUCAUGAAUGUGGUGUAUGUGGUAAAGCGUUUAGUAAGAUUCACAACUUACAGUCACACAUGAGAAUACACACUGGUGAAAAACCUUAUAAAUGCGAUGUAUGUGGUAAAGGAUUUAGUCAGCAUGGUUCCUUAUAUACACACAUGACAACACACACUGUCGAUAAACCUUAUAAAUGUGAGGAUUGUGGUAGAGGAUUUAGUCAAAGUCAAAAUUUACAGAGACACAUAAGAACACACGCUGGUGAUAAACCACAUAAAUACAUUAGAAAACACACUGCUGAUAAAGUUCAUGAAUGUGGUGUAUGUGGUAAAGCGUUUAGUAAGAUUCAAAACUUACAGUCACACAUGAGAAUACACACUGGUGAAAAACCUUAUAAAUGCGAUGUAUGUGGUAAAAGAUUUAGUCAGCAUGGUUCCUUAUAUACACACAUGAAAACACACAUUGUCGAUAAACCUUAUAAAUGUGAGGAUUGUGGUAGAGGAUUUAGCCAGAAUCAAAGUUUACAGAAACACAUGAGAACACAUGCUCGUGAUAAACGUCAUACAUGUGCUGUAUGUGGAAAAGGGAUAAGUAAGCUUCGAAACUUACAGUCACACAUGAGAACACACACUGGUGAAAAACCUUUCAAAUGUGAUGUAUGUGGUAAACAGUUUAGUCAGCAUGGUAACUUAUAUACACACAUGACAACACACACUGUCGAUAAACCUUAUAAAUGUGAGGAUUGUGGUAGAGGAUUUAGUCAAAGUCAAAAUUUACAGAGACACAUAAGAACACACGCUGGUGAUAAACCACAUAAAUACAUGAGAAAACACACUGCUCAUAAAGUUCAUGAAUGUGGUGUAUGUGGUAAAGCGUUUAGUAAGAUUCAAAACUUACAGUCACACAUGAGAAUACACACUGGUGAAAAACCUUAUAAAUGCGAUGUAUGUAGUAAAAGAUUUAGUCAGCAUGGUUCCUUAUAUACACACAUGAAAACACACAUUGUCGAUUAACCUUAUAAAUGUGAGGAUUGUGGUAGAGGAUUUAGCCAGAGUCAAAGUUUACAGACACACAUGAGAACACAUGCUCGUGAUAAACGUCCUACAUGUGCUGUAUGUGGAAAAGGGAUAAGUAAAAUUCGCAACUUACAGUCACACAUGAGAACACACACUGGUGAAAAACCUUUCAAAUGUGAUGUAUGUGGUAAACGGUUUAGUCAGCAUAGUAACUUAUAUACACACAUGAAAACACAUCAGAGCACAUACUCUUGAUAAAUCUUGUAAAAUGGAUAUGUGUGGUGAAGAGUACAGUCAGAGUAAAGGUGAAUUAACACACAUGUGAGCAUGUGAUAAACCUGACAAAAUCUAAGGACAGUAAACAUGGUAAAGAGUUAAUGGAGGAAAUAAUUACUGAGAAUAACACGAGAGGACACACACGGUAGGGUUUUAGUCAGGUACACAACUUGCAGCCAUGUGCAUGCUUGAUAUAACAUAAACAUAAUAAUUGACUGUAAAUGUGGAAACAAGAUUUAAUUUUUCAAAUGUAUAUAUUAAACACAUGUUUAAUGAAUGUUUGAGACUUGAAAAGAAGU